CCUAUCAUCCCUAACAGCGCGGGCAGGAGCUGGUGCGUUUGUGCGUGGUGAAAUCCGACUGAUUUACCAGCGAUUUUUGCAAUCCACACCACCGCGAGCUGCUCACCAUGUCUGGCAUCGCCUCUUCCCGGCUGUCAGAGGAGCGCAAGGCCUGGCGCAAAGACCACCCCUUUGGGUUCGUGGCCCGGCCGGCGAAGAACCCGGACGGCACGCUCAACCUGAUGCUCUGGGAGUGCGCCAUCCCCGGCAAGAAGGGCACGGCCUGGGAGGGCGGCUACUACAAGCUGAAGAUGAUCUUCAAGGACGACUACCCCACGUCGCCGCCCAAGUGCAAGUUCGACCCGCCGCUGUUCCACCCCAACGUCUAUCCGUCCGGCACGGUGUGCCUCUCGCUGCUGGACGAGGAGAAGGACUGGCGGCCGGCCAUCACCAUCAAACAGAUCUUGCUGGGCAUCCAGGACCUGCUCAACGACCCCAACAUCAAGGACCCGGCCCAGGCAGAGGCGUACACCAUCUACUGUCAAAAUCGGCUCGAGUACGAGAAGCGCGUGCGCGCCCAGGCGCGGGCAAUGUCCGCCCCUCUGGACUGAAGUGGACUCGCCCGGCGGCGGCGGGGCGCCGUCUGCGGGCUUGGGGCCUGGCUGCGAAAGAGGAACCGGACCGCGAGCUCCCAGACCAUGGUGCCAGUGGCACUCCUCCGAGCUGGUGUCUUGCUGUGCUGCACUACGGAACUGUUCCCCGGGCUGAGACAAGCGUCCACUCAGAGCGUUUGCGGCCGGCGUGGUACGAACAGAUCCGCCAUGUCGGCAAGCGGCGAUGAGUCUGGAAGGUGUCCAGCCGUGUAGAGAGCAGCCGCAUCGGUGGACCCGAGGCGGAAUCUGUCAGUGCGGCGUGUGAAUUCGGUCACUACACCGUCAUUUUACUUUCUUAGCUGCAGGAGAGCUCACUGGAAGAAACGUGCGUGGGUCUUGACCCGAGAUUUUCCACUGUACUUGUCACUCGAGGCGUGUUGAUGUACUGUGCGUGCGCGCGUGAGCCGCGCGUACAGCCUUCCACGCGGUGUUUUGUUCCGUUCGCCGCCCUUCUGCACCGAGUCGGUCUGCGGCAGACGUCCGGUGGAGCUGUUUUAUCGAGACGGAGAGCAGCUUGUAAUAAAAUCACAUCGCCAUUGGUGGGUGUUUCAUGUG